AUUUUGGAUUGUGUGCUACCCAUUCUUUGUCACCUCACUUUCGGGUAAGUCUUUUCGUGGACUCCAUCCAUCCUGCGGCGUUUGACAAUUUGCCGCACUUUGCGCUGUAUAACACUUGUGCAGGCAAGGUCCAGGGAACUGAAUUCCAGACAAGGUUCACAUGCGGCUGCAAUACAUCAGAUCAUUCUCUCUGGAAGACGACGGCAAUUGCGACCAUCAGCCUCCUUGUGGUAUGCAUCAUGGGUAUCGUUGGCCUUCUAUCAGCCCUUCACGUCAGACAGCGAGACACACAGCAGCUCUAUUUCAGAUAUCGUCGUCUUUCACAGAAGAAGACUGGGGACAGUAUGCCUGCACAGGGAGCAGAGAACACCAUCUGUAAUGUGCGUCGAGAUGGCAACGUUCAGCGUAUUCAAGAUUCAACCCGGGUCGGAAAUGAAUACCUCGGGGCAAGUAACUUACUGCCUUCUGUCACCGGGGCAGGAGACUUUCAAGAUGAAGAUGCUUAUGCAAAACCUCUAGACACACAUCAGCAGGGACGUAGCUCUCCCGCAGUUGAUGAGGCACAGCCAAAACAGGUUGCAGUGAAAGCAAGUGGAGAACACACGCAUGGAUCUGAUCUUGCCAAACGCUCCACAUUUAUGCUUGGUGUCACCAAAACUCAACAGAAGUCAAAGUCUCUACCAAGAGAAGACAGGAUCUCGUCUUUCACAUAUCCAGAGCCACCUCACAAGGCGAGAACGUGCUACCCGUUGGAUGGACUUGUUGAAACAUUGCCAGAGGAUCCGAAAGACCGGAUGCAGGAUGUUGUUCCAUACAUGUCUACAUCCAACUCAAGUUUGCAAGUCAACCACAUUGGACAGGUCCCAGAAGUGGACGAAGACAGCGACAUCUACGAAGCAGCAGAUGACACUGACUAUGAAAUCUACUUGAACCCCGAUGCCCGAGGUAAUUGCUCUCCCUCUUCCAGUUGUUACAUGGCAAUGGUGUCAAUUUAUCUUGGUCGGAAUUCACCAUCCUGUCCGCGCACAUACAUAACAGCUUUCAUAACUUUGAAUUUGCCAAGUGCGUAUUAUGGUCGUUUGCGCAUUCGAGUCGUGAUGAAUUUCAGUACUGUCUUCAUCAAUCACAGGCAAACUAGUUUUGAACAUUUCGAAUCACACGCUUUAUUGCUUAUAACUGUUAAAGUUGGACAAUCUACAGGAAACAUUAUUGUUAACUUGUCAUCCAGUCUUUCAAUUUUUAUCCUAGGCACUCGAUCAGAGUCGAACUAAUAUGAUUAGACAUUUUGAGGCGUAUAGAGCUUAUAGGUAUGGAUGCUUUCACAAUUAUUAUCAACAGUGUCCACGUACGGUGUCAAGUGUGCUAUUAUUUCUUGCAUUAGUGGUCACAUCCAGCUAGCACUUGUUUAUGCUAUUUGAUAACUACAUUCAUGCUGGCAGAAACUCGUUCAAUGCUAAGUAGCUGCGCCCUACAC